CGCAGCGUAGCGUGAGAAAAGAAGAGACUAAAGUAUUGUUUGUGCGUUGCUUUGGGCCCAAUUACUUGAGCCUAAUCCUUCCCUCUCUCUUUCUUCCAUUUCUAACAGAAUUUUUUUCGUCUUUCCAUUGCCUUUCCAUCUAUUCACCUUCGUUCUCUUCUUACUCAUUUUCGUUAUCAUUCGCAUUUUCCGCCUUUCUCCUAUUUUUUUUCCUUUUUAAUCCAUCUCCGCAGUUAUUAUUGCUUGCUGAUUCUUCUCCGCCGCGUCGUUACAUUUUCUGACGAUUUUCCGGUCUAAAGAGAUAGAGAAGAAGUGAAAGAUUUUGGAGGAGUUGCGCAUCUUGUUGUUUGUGUUGAAACCGUAGCAUGCUGUGACCCAAGAUUGAAACAAGCAAUCAUGUCACUAAAGAGCCAGGCUGAGCAACUACUUAAAUAUCUUGUACUAUCAGAUCCUGCUGUACCAUACAUUUCCAUUCCCGCAGGCAUACUUGCUAGCAAAUUGGUCUAUGAUCUGACUGAUUUGAUCAGCGGUGUUUACUUCAAGAGCUAUUCUAACCUUUCCAGGAUUCAGCGGGUGGAGUGGAACAACCGGGCAAUGUCAACUGUUCAUGCUGUUUUCAUCACAGCAGCAGCAUUAUACAUGGUGUUUCUGUCAGAUCUCUAUUCUGACCGAUAUUUUCCCCUUGUUACCUUUCGUAGUUCAACAAUAUCUACAUUUGGCCUGGGAGUGUCUGUCGGUUACUUCAUAACUGAUCUUGGGAUGAUCCUUUGGUUUUACCCUGCAAUUGGUGGAAUGGAGUACGUGAUACAUCAUCUGCUUUCCCUCGUAGCUGUGGCCUAUGCCAUGUUAACUGGUGAGGGGCAGCUUUACACCUACAUGGUUCUCAUCUCAGAGACAACCACCCCUGGGAUCAAUUUGAGAUGGUACCUUGACACAGCUGGAAUGAAGAAGUCAAAAGCAUACCUCAUAAAUGGAGUUGUAAUAUUCUUCGCAUGGCUGGUUGCGAGAAUUCUUUUGUUCAUGUACAUGUUUUACCAUGUUUACUUACACUUGAAUCAGGUCCUACAGAUGCACGUUUUUGGGCAAUUUUUGGUUUUCGUGGUUCCAUUGAUAUUAUCGGUUAUGAACUUGACGUGGUUCGCUAAAAUAUUCAAAGGAUUGAAAAAGACAUUAGCGAAAAGACAAUGAAAAACCAAAAGAAAAACAUCUGCUCUGCUUUUUGGGCCAACAUUGUGACAUAAAGGUAGCUCGCUCUUAAAAGGUCUUUCUCUUCGUCAAUACCCUCCCUCCACUUGUACAUGUUGAAGUUGCUAAAUUGUACAAUUUCAUGUUGAAAUAAGUACAUAGGUAGCCAUUCUAGUAGGAAAAAAUAUUGGGAAAAAAAUAGCAUAAUUUAAUGCAUAAUGAUUGUUUAUUGUAGAUAUAUAGGAAGGUUUUUUCCCCUUUUCUCGGUGCCCUUAGUCUAUCCUCGUGUGUUUCAGGUUUGUGUC